GUCUUUGAACAUUACUUUUGUGUUAUCCUUGUAAUACCAUGUCCCCAAAAAAGUUACCUAUAAGUACCAUACUCAAACUCGAACACUGAACUUAACAACCAGACUGGUAGUUCUCUCUAAACCAGCCAUCCUUCCUUUCAUUUUACCCUUUUGCACUUCCAAUGGCUUCUCGGUACGAAGUUGAGGUGAAGCUCACCUCUGCCAAAGAUUUGAAGAACGUGAACUGGCGUUACGGUCCAGUGAGACCAUACGUCGUCGUUUGGGUCGACCCGAAGAACAAGUGUUCCAGCCGGGUCGACGAAGAGGGCGACACGAACCCGAUUUGGGAUGAAACUCUGAAAAUUCCCUUGCCGGGUCCGAUCGAAGACGAGGAGUACUCCACUCUCUACGUCGACGUUGUCCACGCCGGAUCCGAACCCGACACUAAGAAGCUGAUCGGAUCUACCAAGCUCAGGCUCCGUGAAAUCGUCGAUGAGGUGGGCUUCGGAGAACGCGCCACGCGUACCUUGAAGCUCAAACGACCUUCUGGAAGGCCCCAUGGGAAGCUAGACUUGAAGGUCUCAGUCAAAGACCCUUACUAUCGUGCGCCGGACGCCUAUAACGCACCCCCUUACGGAGUCCCACCACCAGGUUCAAGGGACUACAACGCUGCUCCUCCUCCGCCUUACGGUGCACCAUACGGCGCCCCACCGCCGCCUCGCGAUCCUUACUACGCUGCGCCGCCUUCCGGAUACCCACACAGCUCGUAUAAUGCGCCAUCGUAUGGUCAGCAGAGUUAUGGUCAAGCCUACGAUCAGCCGAGUUACGGGCAAGCGCCUCCGUACGGUCAGCCGAGUUACGGGCAGGCUCCGGCGUACGGUGCGACCGGGUACGGGCAAUCGGAGGAGAAGAAGAGCAAGUUUGGUGGUAUGGGGACGGGAUUGGCUGUGGGUGCGGUUGCAGGAGUCUUGGGUGGACUCGCAUUGGCGGAGGGGGCUGAUUACGUGGAGGACAAGAUUGCUGAUGACGUGGCGGAUAGAGUGGAGGAUGAUCUUGGGUACGACGGCGACGAUUUCUAGAGAUGUGUUUUGUGCUUGCACGUUGGACCGCUCUUUUUAUUAAUAUAAAUAUAUAUAUAUAUAUAUUUAUAUAAUAUUUGUUUUUAUUUAGAGUUGUUGGGAUGAAACGAUGCGUUUUGUUGACGUGAAAUGCUUUUCGUAGUUUCAAGAUAAUAAUUGAUAAACCUGGAAGCUUUUUGAUUUGUCAUAAAA